AUGGUGCAUGUACGCUUAGACGAAUGUAAAAAUUGUCAAAUCUUGCCACCACUUGGGCAACUGCCUUUGCUCAAAGAACUUUAUAUUACAGGAAUUGCUGCAUUGAAAAGUGUCGGUCCUGAGUUUUAUGGGGAGGGUAGCUUGCCUUUUCCAGUACUAGAGACUCUUGAGUUUGAGGAUAUGCAACACUGGAAGAAAUGGGUUCCUUUUGUAGGGGAUCAGGGAAUUGGUGUUUUCCCUUGCUUGAAGUUUCUUUCAAUCAGAAAUUGUCCUCAAUUGGAGGGUAAGGUGCCAAAGAACCUUGAUUCAUUAGAAACACUUGAUAUUUUUGAAUUAUACUUUGAAAUUUGCACAUCACACCAACAUGGUUUGUGGGGAGUGAGAUGA